GUACAAAAAGGAAAGCAUUGACAAAGUAUCCAGCUUUAGAAGUUGCUUUGGUUGAGGAUAAGAGAACGGAAAAAAAUCAGCACGAAAAAUCAAAUUUUGAGCAUAAAUAUCCUUUGCUUGUAAAAUUAGCAAUUAAAUUAUUAUCAAUACCAACUUUGUCAGCUUUAGCUAAACGUAAUUGGUCACAGUUUGGAUUUAUUUAUAGCAAAUUUUAUGCUAGAUUAGAUAAUAAUAAAGUUAAAAAAUUAGUUGCUGUAUCUCAAAAACUUAGAAUUCAAAAAAAUAUUGUAGAGGAUA